AUGAUGCAUCAUGAAGAAAAGAAGUCCUCAAAAGGCAAAGAGAUGUCAAGAUGGACUCUAAAGAUACUAUCAGCUGAAUUAAAAUGAAGCAGAAUAUAUUGGAAAGCAGCUAGGUGGUACCCUUUGGAUCACCAUGGAAAUGCAAAGCUGGAAAGGCAACUACUGAUGCAGAACCAGAUGAGAGAGAGACAAACAGCCAUGCAGAUUGCUUGGACACGGGAAUUUCUCAAAUAUUUUGGGACAUUUUUUGGACUUGCUGCUGUAGGUUUAUCAGUUGGAGCAAUAAGAAGGAAGAACCCAGGAAUUUUACUGCCAAUAGUUCCCUUAAGCUUUAUAUUUGCCUAUCAAUAUGAUAUGGGCUAUGGGACACUGUUGCAAAGGAUAAAAGGUGAAGCAGAGAACAUAUUGGAUACACAGAGCUCUUUGCUAGAAUUACCAAAAGGACCACUCACUUAUGAAGACCUGGAGAAAAUCAGAAGAUCUCAGAGCAAGUUCUUCAUAGAAAAAUAA